AUGACUAAUACAACUUCAAAUCCUGGUAAAAGACCACCAUCAGGGCCUGUUGAUGCUGCUACUUCACGCGAAAAAAGAUUAAAAACAAUAGCUUGUGAUAGAUGCCGACGGAGAAAAGUUAAAUGCGAUGGAGAUGGUUAUAAUCAUCUACCUUGUAAAUAUUGCACUUCUGUGGGGCUUGAAUGCACAUACGGAAAAAACGCUAGCCGUACAAAUACCAAUCAAUCUCAAAUAGCAUCAUCUAAAACAAAUGUUUCUUCACAACCUAUUCGUAAUCCAACUCGUUCAAAAUCCACAUCUGCGACAAACGGUCCGCAGUCAACAUCUCGUCAAAGAAGAGGAUCUCAAUCUAAUCAAAGUACGAGAACAGCAAAAAAAGCAACCUCUUCUACAAGCACGUCAUUUUCUAUCGUUACGUCUUCUUCGAAUACAAACACAAACUUAAAUCGAAUUAUUCCCCAAGUAUUACCUAUACUUGAUAAUGAUUUUGAAUAUUUGGUUAAAUUGUUUUCUUCCAUGUCUUUACAAAAUGAAGAUCAAGUUCGUCAACAAUUUAGUCAUUAUAUAUCACAAGUUCAAGAUGAAAAAGAAACUAUUUUGAGACCUCAUAUACAUGAUAUACAAAAAUUAGAUGAAUUUUCUCAUAGAUUUGUUAACUCGUAUUUCGAUAAUUUUCAUCCUACAUUUCCAGUAUUACAUAAAGCAUAUUUUAAUGAACGACUUAGAGAUACAAAUAAAACAAUGCCCCGUAUUUUAUUAUAUGCCGUUUGUGCGAUAGGUUCAAAUUAUUUAGAUGAUUCAAUGGCUAGAAAAGAUCAUAACGAUUCUCAUAUUCUCGGUUUAGAAUAUUACGAACAUGCUCAAGGAAUGUAUGAUUCACGAAGUUUUAAAGGUUGUACAUACAUAGGAAUGGCCACAACAUUCGCCACCGCAAUGAGAUUACAAGAUAAGAAUGCAUCCGAAGGUUUGUCCACUAAUGAAAAAGAAGCCAGAAAAAGAUUAUGGUGGAGUAUUAUGGCCGUUAAUAAUAUACAAUCAGUAACCUUGAACCGCAUGUCAACUAUUUCGGAUAAAUAUUGUACAAUUGAAUUUCCAGAAUUCGAAUCAUUAUUUACGCUCGACGAAUUCGAAUCCAAAAUUAUAAAAUAUUUCAUACAAUAUUUUAAAAUUACAAAAAUAAUGUAUGAAAUAUUAGAAAUUAACUUUUCUGAGACUAAUAAUAAUAUUGAAAGAUCUGAAGAAAAACUAAAUAAUUGGGAAAAAGAAUUACCACCAUAUUUACGAAUAGAAAAUUGUGAACCGUUGACGUUAUCCACGGAAAUAACAAUUGAACACCUCCGGGUCUAUUUAUGCAUUCUCUAUAAUUAUGCAAUGAUUAGAAUUCACUAUAUUAAUAUUACGUCAGAUCACAGCAUGGCAACCUGUGCAAAAGCAGCAAAUACUAUCACAACAUUUAUAAAUAAGAAUUUCUUGAUCAUGAUUAGUAGCACACCAUUUAUUAUUCAUUACGCACUUUAUGCAGGAUUUAUUCAUAUAUUAAAUCUCAAGAAACCAAUGUGUGCUACUGUAGCCAAAAAUAAUGUUAUACAAACUCUCAAAUUAUUUCAAGAUAUGCUCGGUAUGCAAUCUUUACAAUCUAUACAUUCGACCAUAAAAAAUUUGAUUGCGAUUUUCACAUCUCAAUUAGAAUGUAUGGGAGAUAUUGACGAUGAAAUUUUAAAUGUUGCUAAAGCUGCUUUGGCAUCAAUUUCUUUAUCUACAAGAUCACCACAAUAUUCACCAAUAUCUCCAGUAACACCUUGGAUAUCGCAUCAAAGUCAUCAAACAAAUCAACAACGUCAAUCAGUUUUUGCUACAUCGCCAGCACCAUUAUCACCAAUAGAUCCACCGCCGGUAAAUUCGAAUAAACAUGAUUCAAAUUCAAUAAAUUCAAUAGGAAAUUCUACAUUGCUAAUGGUUGAUAAUUAUUCAUCUCAGUACGGACAUUCACAGCAGCAUAAUCAACAACAAUCUUCUACACAAUCAAGACAACAUGAAAGGAAUUCUACAGGAUCAUCUACUUCUUCAUUAACUAUAGGUAGAAAUGCGACAUCAUCGUUAACAAUGCCGGCAUCAUCAUCAUUACCACCACUUGGAACAGCAAUAACAGCUACUAAUACAACAUCACCAUCAUCAAUUCCACCAUCUAAUAAUAUGUCUAGUAAUAUGAGUAUUGGAGGAAAUUAUGUUACAGGAACAGAAAUUUCGGGAGGAUUAGCUGGAAUAUCACCAAUUGCACCAAUUGGUGGAAUUGGAAGUGAAAAUUCCGCUCCAAU